AUGACGAUUGGGGGCUCUGUGGACCGGAGGGGAAACCCCAUCGACAGAGAGGUGCAUGGAGGGGUCAGAGCAGCAUGGUUCAUGUAUGUUGCAAACGUGGUAAUGAACAUGGUUAUUGUCCCAAACCUGCUGAAUCUGGUUACCUAUCUCCAUGGAACAAUGCAUAUGGGCGUCUCUGGCUCUGCAACUACUGUCACCAAUCUUGUUGGUGCUACAUGCGGGUUUGCAUUAGUAGGAGCUUUCCUCUCAGACUCUUACAUCAUGCGCUCCAGAACUAUACUCAUCUUUGGCCCAUUGAUGUUUCUGGGCUAUGGGUUGCUCACCCUACAAGCAUACCUACCCUCGCUCCAUCCUGCGCCUUGCAACAUUGAAGCAGACCUAAGUAACUGCAAAGAGGUCCAUGGCCGGAAUGCCACCUUGUUGUACGCAGCCUUGUACAUCAGUGCAUUUGGCGAUGGCUGUAUACGUACAUGCUUACCAUCCCUCGGAGCAGACCAGUUUGACCGUAAAGAUCCUUCCGAGUCCCGCCAGCAGUCCAGCUUCUUCAACUGGUACACCUUCGGGAUCUCCCUUGGAGGCUUUAUAGGGCUGAUCCUCAUAGUGUGGCUCCAGAACUACAAGGGGUGGGACGUCGGACUUGGGGCCUGCGCCAUCCUGGUUCUGUUUGGACUGCUCGUUGUUGCUGCCGGUCUCCCUUUCUACCGCAACCAAGUGCCGGAAGGAAGCCCUCUUACUCGAAUGCUGCAGGUUCUUGUGGUUGCAUUAAGGAACAGGAAGCUUGAACUUCCUCAGAAGCUGGAAGAAGCAGAGGAUAGUCGUACUGGGACCGGGACAGGGUUUGUCGAAGUGCCAUCUCAAAGAAAAAGUCUGAAGUUCCUCGACAAAGCUUGCAUUCACCACGGCAAAGACGGGGACUGGUCAGUUUGCAGUGCGACGAAGGUGGAGGAGACGAAGAUUGUGCUCCGCGUGCUCCCUCUCUUCUUCAGCUCCAUGACCGCGUACGUAUCCAACACGAUCGUCUUCACGUUCACGGUGCAGCAAGGUGGCAUGACCAACACAAGUCUGGGCAAGAUCCACGUCUCCCCUGCGACGCUCUUCAUCAUCCCCAUCACAUUCCAGCUGAUAAUGCUGGCCGUCUACGACCAGUUCAUCGUGCCGUUCCUGCGAAAGCGCACGGGCUACGUCGGCGGCAUCACUCAUCUGCAGCGCAUCGCCAUAGGCUUCGCCUCCAUGAUACUCGCCGCGGUCAUCGCAGCCGUCGUCGAGAGAAAAAGGAAGGAGGCGGUAGUGCAGAUGUCCCUGUUCUGGCUCGCGCCUCAGUUCUUCCUGCUUGGGGUGGCAGACGUGACAUCGUUCACCGGGCUCCUGGAGUUCUUCAACAGCGAGGCGCCACGGGGCAUGAAGUCGAUUGCCACGGCGUUGUUCUGGUGCGAGCUCGGGCUCGCGUCGUUGAUGGCCACAUUCCUGGUGGAAAUCGUGAACAGGGCCACGAGGCACGGGCAGCAGGGAGGCUGGCUCGAGGGGAAAAGCUUGAACAGCAGCCGUCUUGACCUCUUCUACUGGGUUGUGGCUGUUGUCGGGUUGCUCGGCUUCUUGAACUACCUUUAUUGGGCGAAGAAGUAUGUAUACCAGCACAAUCCACGCAUCGCUGAGCCAUCGGUUGACGAGGAUCCACGUUGA